AUGGCACCUCUAAAAACCUACCUCACAACUCUCCUCCGCCGCGCCCCCCUUCCCACACCCACACUCAUCGCCCGAGCAGACCCUCAACCCGUUCCCGGUGCGGACGGCGUCACACCCUUCGAAUCCAUCCCCAACAACGCCGUAUUCGCACUCUUUGGCAUCAUCGGUGUCGGAUUCGUGCUCACGGGUAUCUGGUUCUUCUUCUGGGCCAAAAAUGGCGGGUUCGUCUUUAAAGAGAACGACUGGGAUGAUUAUAAGAGUACGGUACUCAGGCGGAAGGGUCCGAAUGGAACGACAUUGAGUGGUGCCACGGAAUCUACGGAUCUUGGUGGUGGAAGUGUGGUGCAUGGCGAGAAAGAGGGACGCAGUAUCUGGGGUGGACGGAAGAAGAAGAGUAAGAGUGGAAAAGCGGAGAGAUAUAAGGAUUUUGAUGAGGAGAGUAGAGGAUUUACUGAGAUUACGGGGACGACUGAGAGUACUGAGAAAAGUCGCUGGAAGCUGCGCAAGGAUAAGAAGAAGGCCGCAAAGGAAGCACGUCUUCGUGGCGGGGAUUUGGCUUCUGAGAUGACUGAAACUACGGAGAUGCUUGAUGAUGAUGUCGAUCACAGUGUCGUCGAUGCUAUGCGUGCUUAUCGUCAUGAGAAACCUGCCCGCGUUGGUGGAUUGAAUACUGUCAGCGAAGGUAGUGCUUGGGAUGGAAGUAUGGGCGAGAACUCCACUACCGCAUCUUCAGAUGCUCUUCUCGCCAACAGAGAACGCACACCAACAAAAAAGAAGAAGAAGGAUGAUUCCUAUACAGGCGGCAUCCGCAAGGUCGUCUCCACCUCCAAAGAAUCAACUGGUUUCUUCGGCCGUACCACCACCACAUCCCGCAAGCACGACGACGAACGCAUCAAAGCCGAAGCCGCCAAACUCCAAGCUAAAGGCCGAGCAGCCCAACGCCGAGAUUUCAGCUUCCAACACGGUGACGAUGCGAGUACCGUUGUUUCUGAAGAAGAUCUCGCGAGGGAGCAGAGAAGAGAGGCCAGACGCGACGAGAGAGAGCGUAGGAAGAGUAGGAGUCCGACGAAGAGGGUUCCUGGCGAGUACGCUGGGAGUGAGAGUGUAGAGAGUGAUCUCGGUACCAAGAGUUAUCGACAUGUCAUCCCCGGGUUGAGUGUUAGUGGAGGCGGGAGCGAGGUGGCGAGUACGGUGGGUAGUAGUGUGGCGGGGAGUGAGGGGUAUAAGGAGGAGAGACGGCGGAGGAGGGCGGAGGGUGGUGGGAGGGAGAAGGGGGAGAGGAGUGGGGGUUAUAGGAGGGGACGGAGGGAUAGUUUGGAGUGA